AAGGAAAUGACAUGUUGGUGGAUGUCUCCCUUCAAAGCCCCGUCUGUGUCACCACACGGUGUGUGUAGCCAGGGUUCAAAGAUAAGCGUGUUGGUUCGUGAGAUUGAGAUAAUUGAAUGACUUGGGCUCGUUUGCCCAGUGGUGCACAGUAACCUGUCCGUACUCAGCUCGGACGCUGUCACUUAGGAUGAGAUAUCUUUGUGGGACCCUUUGAUUGUGUUCUUGAUUAGGUUAAAAUAAGUGUUAGAUGCUGUGUAUAUAACACUAUUCACUUCGGUAAGUGGGCAAUUUUAUUAUUAACUUUCUAUGCAGUUUCACUAUUAUUAGUAUUAGAUUACACAUUAUAAGUAAACAUAUGUUAUAUAUAUUAGUGAUGAGAUGUUAUAAAAAAGUUUUUUAAACGUUUUCUUUUAGGUUUCAUUUAAGCCCCUCCCCCCCCCCCCACCUCCCGUGUCCUGUUGUCAAAUGUGUCUAUUCGACGAUUACGCCAGUCAGUGUGUUUACACGUCGCGCGUGGUUAGAGACUUGGUGUGUCACCAAAUCGGGUCACUACCUGUCAUGUGACUUGAUGUGUUCUGAAUCGUGAAUGGAAAAAAAAAAAAAAACAAAACAGGUCAAAGCUUAUUUGGACACAGUACUGCAGUACACGUGACACACACACACACACACACCACCACUGACCAGUGGCGUAACAAAGAUUGUGGAGUCGGAGUUGUUUGUGGCUAGUUUGAGUCGGAUACAUUAUACGAGUCAGGCUACUGGUGCCUGGAUUUAAAAUAAGACUUUUUUUUUAGUGCUAUUCAGCUAAUAGGCUAAUAUCAGUCGCCAGGGUUCGACCAGUCAUUGUUGUUAAUCAACAGCUGAUGUAACAUUUCGUAUUCCACUAGCCUACAAACUCAUAACGUUGAAACCGGCCCCUGUACUGUAGCUUUGAGGGGGCCCCCAUAGAAUUGAGGGGGGGGGUCCCCAUAGAAUUGAGGGGGUCCCCAUAGAAUGGAGGGGGUCCCCAUAGAUUGGAGGGGUCCCCAUAGAAUGGAGGGGGUCCUCAUAGAUUGGAGGGGGGUCCCCAUAGAAUGGAGGGGGUCCCCAUAGAAUUGAGGGGGUCCACAUAGAAUUGAGGGGGUCCCGAAUAGAGCUGCGGCGGUCCCAACAUCAAUGCCGCGGCCCACACAACUUUUUAGGAGUUGAAAGAGCGUUUAAGUACUUUAAGGAACAAUUCAACAUUCAUUGCCUAAAUUUAAAUAUACGUUAAGUGGUACUCCGAUGUAAGUACAAAAGCAUAAAGGAAUCAGUGGCGUAGCAAGAGGGUGCUAAGGGGGUGGGGCGGACCGCUGCGGGCGGCACUUUUUUUUAUAUUGAUGGGGCAAUGUUCAGAGGAUUUUUUUUUCCGUGGAAGGGGGCAGCAAAAAGCUUGGCCCGAACCCUGUUACCGGAAAUUUGUUUGAAAUAAAUUUCGUCGAUGGAAAUUUGUUUCCUAACUUGUACACAGUUUGUAGAUUAUAAAAGGACACAUAAUAGUCUAAUCGGACGGUGGCGAACGAAGAAAGGGGGUGGGUGGGUUGCAGAAGCGGAAGGUCCGCCCCCCCGGGGUAGCCUUAACUGGAGGGUGGCAUUUUCGACAACCGCUGAGUUUUUCGUGACAGUGGGGUGGGGGGGGGGGGCAAAAAAAAAAAUAAGAAAAAGGUUAUGCCAAACUUGAAUUAAUAAACAAGACAAACGAUUUUGAAGUUUCGGCUUAGAGGCUUCCUCCGAAAAAAAAGAAAAAAAGAAGUAGAAUAAAAAAGAAAAAUAAAAACAAGGUUAUGCCAAAAUUGAAUUUAUAAAAAAGAAAAACGAUUUUGAAGUUUCGGCUUAGAGGCUUCCUCAGAAAAAAAAGACAAAAAGAAGUAGAACAAGUGUCAGAUCGCAGUAAAAAAAAAAAAAACAACAACUUUAGAUCGUUCCUUUUGUUGCCGGAAGUAGGAUUACAGGAAAUAAAAGAAUAUAAAUAUUGAUACUGUGAAAAAUAAGAAUAAAUAGGUAGAGAAUCUUAACGGGCCAAAAUAUUUAGGGAUACAAAAAAUCUAAGGAAUAAGGAAACCAAAAAAUACAGGGUAAUUGAGAAACAUUAGUCAGAGAGUAUUUGAUUCAUAUAUGGUAACGAAACACUGAACACAUUUGGUUUCCAUUUUCACUCGGGUGUUUGGGGGGGGGGGCGAGCGGGGCGGAGAAUGACAUAUAUUCUAGCUAUGUCAAAGAUCUGGGAUAUAAAACAAAAAAAUUGUUUCAGAAUGUGAAACGAGGGAGGGGGGGAUGUAAGGCUAACACUAUAUUUUUUUUAAAAAGUUCACCAAUGUUAUGUUUUUCAUACAUAUUGCUACACGAACAUCUUUCACUUAUUUUGGUUAGUUUUAUCACACAAUUGUGAAUCUUAAGGCCUCCAUGGCAGUAAAAUUGAAUUCGGAUUUGUUGUAAGUAGCAUCAAGACCNCUUAGACAUCAAGUGCCAUUGUCAAGUUCCUUAGACAUCAAGUGCCAUUGUCAAGUUCCUUAGACAUCAAGUGCCAUUGUCAAGUUCCUUAGACAUCAAGUGCCAUUGUCAAGUUCCUUAGACAUCAAGUGCCAUUGUCAAGUUCCUUAGACAUCAAGUGCCAUUGUCAAGUUCCUUAGACAUCAAGUGCCAUUGUCAAGUUCCUUAGACAUCAAGUGCCAUUGUCAAGUUCCUUAGACAUCAAGUGCCAUUGUCAAGUUCCUUAGACAUCAAGUGCCAUUGUCAAGUUCCUUAGACAUCAAGUGCCAUUGUCAAGUUCCUUAGACAUCAAGUGCCAUUGUCAAGUUCCUUAGACAUCAAGUGCCAUUGUCAAGUUCCUUAGACAUCAAGUGCCAUUGUCAAGUUCCUUAGACAUCAAGUGCCAUUGUCAAGUUCCUUAGACAUCAAGUGCCAUUGUCAAGUUCCUUAGACAUCAAGUGCCAUUGUCAAGUUCCUUAGACAUCAAGUGCCAUUGUCAAGUUCCUUAGACAUCAAGUGCCAUUGUCAAGUUCCUUAGACAUCAAGUGCCAUUGUCAAGUUCCUUAGACAUCAAGUGCCAUUGUCAAGUUCCUUAGACAUCAAGUGCCAUUGUCAAGUUCCUUAGACAUCAAGUGCCAUUGUCAAGUUCCUUAGACAUCAAGUGCCAUUGUCAAGUUCCUUAGACAUCAAGUGCCAUUGUCAAGUUCCUUAGACAUCAAGUGCCAUUGUCAAGUUCCUUAGACAUCAAGUGCCAUUGUCAAGUUCCUUAGACAUCAAGUGCCAUUGUCAAGUUCCUUAGACAUCAAGUGCCAUUGUCAAGUUCCUUAGACAUCAAGUGCCAUUGUCAAGUUCCUUAGACAUCAAGUGCCAUUGUCAAGUUCCUUAGACAUCAAGUGCCAUUGUCAAGUUCCUUAGACAUCAAGUGCCAUUGUCAAGUUCCUUAGACAUCAAGUGCCAUUGUCAAGUUCCUUAGACAUCAAGUGCCAUUGUCAAGUUCCUUAGACAUCAAGUGCCAUUGUCAAGUUCCUUAGACAUCAAGUGCCAUUGUCAAGUUCCUUAGACAUCAAGUGCCAUUGUCAAGUUCCUUAGACAUCAAGUGCCAUUGUCAAGUUCCUUAGACAUCAAGUGCCAUUGUCAAGUUCCUUAGACAUCAAGUGCCAUUGUCAAGUUCCUUAGACAUCAAGUGCCAUUGUCAAGUUCCUUAGACAUCAAGUGCCAUUGUCAAGUUCCUUAGACAUCAAGUGCCAUUGUCAAGUUCCUUAGACAUCAAGUGCCAUUGUCAAGUUCCUUAGACAUCAAGUGCCAUUGUCAAGUUCCUUAGACAUCAAGUGCCAUUGUCAAGUUCCUUAGACAUCAAGUGCCAUUGUCAAGUUCCUUAGACAUCAAGUGCCAUUGUCAAGUUCCUUAGACAUCAAGUGCCAUUGUCAAGUUCCUUAGACAUCAAGUGCCAUUGUCAAGUUCCUUAGACAUCAAGUGCCAUUGUCAAGUUCCUUAGACAUCAAGUGCCAUUGUCAAGUUCCUUAGACAUCAAGUGCCAUUGUCAAGUUCCUUAGACAUCAAGUGCCAUUGUCAAGUUCCUUAGACAUCAAGUGCCAUUGUCAAGUUCCUUAGACAUCAAGUGCCAUUGUCAAGUUCCUUAGACAUCAAGUGCCAUUGUCAAGUUCCUUAGACAUCAAGUGCCAUUGUCAAGUUCCUUAGACAUCAAGUGCCAUUGUCAAGUUCCUUAGACAUCAAGUGCCAUUGUCAAGUUCCUUAGACAUCAAGUGCCAUUGUCAAGUUCCUUAGACAUCAAGUGCCAUUGUCAAGUUCCUUAGACAUCAAGUGCCAUUGUCUAGUUCCUUAGACAUCAAGUGACAUUGUCAAGUUCCUUAGACAUCAAGUGCCAUUGUCACAAGCUGAAACAAUGAAAUAUCUAAUAAAUUCAUUACUUGUCAGAUUUGUAAUUUUUGUUUAACAUUUCGAUUUAUACAAUUACCCCUUAACGUUGCAUAUGUGAGCUAAGUCCCUCGACCAGGGACGGUUAGUGACCCACAUCUUCUACCCUCCACCCCUCUUAGCUGUGACAUGUUUUCCACUGAAACCGAUUUACUAACUCUAUAAUCUCUCUCCCAUCUCCCCUUAUUAUGUCUCACAGGAAGCACGUGUAAGAUAAGCUUGAAAUCCAGUGAUGGACAUUAUAGAUAUAGAUAUCAUGGAGUCUCAAGUCGAUGCCCUGGGACCCCAUGCGACCUUCAGUUACCUUUAUAUGUGCCAGGUUCAAGUAGGCUCCACCUAAGGGUGACCAAAUCAUCAACUGAAAAAAAACGGGACACACUCAAGGAGGGUUUGGGGGGGGGAUUACCCUCCAGCUAAAGAGGGGUCCGGGGGCCUCCGCUGGAAACUGUUUAUUGAAAUAUGCUCUUUUGAACUAUUCGAGAACUAGACAUCUUAUUAUAUUUAACUUCACUUUUGUAAUUUAAUUGAAACUCUGAGACAUAUCAGAAACGAAAACAAUAAUUUUGCAGUGAAUACUCAUUUAUUUAUACAUAUUUUACAACAUAACACAAGACAACAAAUUGAAUUUCUCUAGUCUAGGGUUUAAAUUGAGGAUAUUUGGCUGCCGUCCCAGCCAUUGUUGAGCCCUCCUUCUUAUCUAAUGUCAAGUUGUCAAAACCAGAACAGAAAAUGUGUUUGGUUUUAGAAACGGGACAUUUAGGCGUCUCCGAGAGACUUUUUCGGGACACCGGGUACGAUCGUGAAAAAAACCGGGACGAUCCCGUUUUUUUACGGGACGUUUGGUCGCCCUACUCCACCUUCUUUCGUCGCAUUAUGAAUACUUCAUAAUGACGGAGGUUACGCGUGUUUCUUACAAAUUUCUUUAUUCAUGCGACACAUUGUCCGUCUUAAGUUUAAGACCCUAGCAUUAAUUAAGAAUUAUUUAUUAAUUUUAGGAAUUUAUGAAACAGGUUUAAUUUUUUUUUUUUUUUUUUUAAUUUUUUUUUUUUUUUUUUUUUUAAAAAUUAAAAAAAUUUGUUUAAAAUUAAUAAAUCAUUAGAAAUACCAAAACUCCAAAAUAUGUAUAUAUAUAUAUAUAUAAAAAUUUUUUUUAAAAAAGACUAUUCUAUGAANUUUAAUUUUGUCUUUUUUUUUUUUUUUUUUUUUUUUUAUUUUUUUUUAUCUUUUUUAUUUUUUUUUUUUUUUUUUUAUUUUUUUUUUUUUUUUUUUUUUACAAAAUUCAAAAAUAGUUGGCGACACUACCCGACAAAAGUGAAACCUUUUUUGAACCCCGUUUGUGAGACGACCUUGACCAAGGUUGAUAACGUCCGAAUCCAAGAAGUAGUGACCCCUCGAGUGUUUGGCGGGGUAACAAGAUAGGGUUUCGCAUUUCCCCGAGUUUUUUGGCAUUUCCCGGGAAAAAGGGAAUAGAGUAUUUUUCGUCCCGGGAUGACUGGAUUUUCCAAAGGAUUUCUGUGAGACAAUAGACUAAGAGAGGGAUUUCUGUGAGGUCGCCGGCUGAAACAAUAGACUAAGAGAAGGGAUUUAUGUGAGGUCGCCGGCUGAAACAAUAGACUAAGAGAAGGGAUUUCUGUAAGGUCGCAGGCUGAAACAAUAGAAUAAGAGAUGGGAUUUAUGUGAGGUCGCCGGCUGAAACAAUAGACUAAGAGACGGGAUUUCUGUGAGGUCGCCGCCUGAAACAAUAGACUAAGAGACGGGAUUUCUGUGAGGUCGCCGGCUGAAACAAUAGACUAAGAGACGUGAUUUCUGUGAGGUCGCCGGCUGAAACAAUAGACUAAGAGAAGGGAUUUCUGUGAGGUCACCAGCUGAAACAAUACACUGAAGGGUAGUAAUUUUUAAAUAGUUUUUUUUUAAUAUAUAUAUUUUUUUACUUUGUGUUUUAAAGUUUGAGUUACAAUUUAAAUCAUGACAUGAUCAUUAAAUAUGUCACCAAUUACAUGACAUUAAAUACUUCACCAAUUACAUGACAUUAAAUAUGUCACCAAUUACAUGCUAUUUAAAAUUAAGUUUCAAGUUUUCAUUGCAAAGAAUCACAACCAUGUUUGAAAGCUUUCUUUUGAAUAUAUCGGGGCAAGGGUAAUUUUGACUCUAUAUAUGAAUGUGGUCGUGACUUGACAAACGCUUGCGAACCUGUGUACUAAAGAUACUGAACUUAGUGAUUCAUUGAAGUCUGUGACAAUCUCUGACUCGCUGGAAUUAUUUAUUUAAAAAAAAAAAACACACAUACUCAAGAAAAUUGUUUUCUGAAAGUGUGUACCCGUGAUUUCCCGGGAUGGAACAGUUUCCCGGGAUGGAACAGUUUCCCGGGAUGGAACAGUUUCCCGGGAUGGAACAGUUUCCCGGGAUGGAACAGUUUCCCGGGAGGGAACAGUUUCCCGGGAUGGAACAGUCUUCUUCUAUAUCUUAAGGGCCCACGAUCAAUUUAUUGAUCAUUUUGGCUCCUAUGCAUGUAGAUGGGAUUUGCAAUGUUUCUGUUACUGGUGGUGAUGAGGAAAUUAUGCACUAGGGGUUUGAAGGCUUGAGGCAAUAGACACAAAUGUGUCUAGUGUUGUCGCCUCAACUGUUCCUUUUGAAAGAUGGUUCCAGUCCCUGAUUGUCUUGGGCAGGAAUGAGCAGCUCCUAUACUGGCUUCUUGCUGGUAUGAGCCUGAAUUGCCUGUCAUGGCCUCGUCGCUGUCUAUGGGGGAGAGGGACGAGUUUCCGUUUAAUACUGGAACAGUGGACCAGCCCAUUAUUUAUCUUGUACAUCAUGGAGAGCCUGGAUUGUCGUCGUCGUUUCUCCAAUGGUGACCAGCCUAGUGUUUCUAGCAUGCUGCCAACACUAGAGGUAUUCCUGUAGCGAUUUAGGACAAAGCGUGCUGCUCGUCGCUGGACCGCCUCCAACCUGUCAAUGCUCUUCUGGGUAAAUGGGUCCCAGACUGAAGAUGCAUAAUCUAAAAUCGGACGGAUAAAGGCUUUAUAUGCUCUUUCUUACACACAGGAGUUGCCAAUCUUUAGAUUUCGCCUUAAGAACCCCAAGGCUUGGUUUGCUUGGUUACAUACAUUGUUAAUAUGCUCGUCCCAGCGGACCUCUCUUUGAAUAGUAACACCUAGGUACUUUACGGAGGAAACUUGCUCAAGAAUAUGGCCGUGCAGUUUGUAUUGGUAGUGUAGAGGAGUACAGUUUCCCGGGAUGGAACAGUUUCCCGGGAUGGAACAGUUUCCCGGGAUUGAACAGUUCGUCAGGAUUAACCAUACACACACCCACUGCUAGAAAAGGAAAGUGGCAAUGUCAAUGUGGAAUCUGAAGUGGGUGAAGACCAUUGCUCUGUUUAGCGCGUUACCGUGAUUUUGCUUAAGCGCAAAAUCGAAACUUGUCUGAGUCCCUUUUCUUCAAUUUCAAAGCAUCAAAAGCAUACUCCAAAUAAGGGUAGCAAAGAAAAGAAAUACAUAAAAAAUGAAGAAGAAUUGCUUUUAAAAUGAAAGAAAUUGGCAAGCAUCAACGUAUUUUGUCCACCUGGCUCACAUGCCUGCAAAUGAUAAAGGUGUUUAAUGUGAAUAGUAUACAUGCCGUAGAGAACAAGGCUCAGAAAUCUCCAAAACGGUCGCAGCGGAUGCUGAAAGGUGACUCUAGCCGAAGCCGUUGAAAAGAUGAGUCAAAUGACGAAGAGGUCUUUUAUGCGAUGAUGUUACUUCAAAGGAGAUACCAACUCCGAGUCAUUUUGACCGACUUACAAUCGCUAGAAGGUGGAAGUGCUAGUUAACAAAAAAAUAUAGACGGAGACUGUCAACACUAUCUACAGCAGGGGUCUCAAACUCAAAUCAUCCAGGGGGGGGGGGCCGCAGGAGGUAGAGUCUUGAGUGAGACUGGGCCGCAUCAAGCGUUACACAAAAAAUUGAUUACAAAUUCAAUAAGUACAACUGUUACAAACUGCUCAACCUUUAUCAAUAACAAACAAACAAAAAUAUUAAGUGUUCUCGAAGAAGCAUGGAAGCAACUGAGACCCUCAGUAUAGUUUGAAGAUGCUCAUCGGCAAGUUUCGUCCUAAACUUUGACUUGUUAAAGUCCAUAGUGGAAAAGAGCUUUUCACACAAGAUAUGUUCUCCCAAAAAAGGGCACACGAUCCGCUUAAACAACCUGGAAAUCUCAGGGAAGGUGGAGGGCAAUGCUUUCGUAAAUUAUCCAUGCUGGUCGGUUUUAAACUUAGAAUUGCAUUGAAGCGCAGGGGAUGGUUCGCCCAUGGCGGCACGUUUUCUCUUUACAUAUGGGGGGGGGGGGGGGCAAUUUCGGCCAAGUGGUGAGAAGUGUGGUUUUAUAAUCAUAAGUUGAUAGUAAAGUGGUGAGAAGUGUGAUUUUAUAAUCAUAAGUUGAUAGUAAAGUGGUGAGAUGUGUGGUUUUAUAAUCAUAAGUUGAUAGUAAAGUGGUGAGAUGUGUGGUUUUAUAAUCAUAAGUUGAUAGUAAAGUGGUGAGAUGUGUGGUUUUAUAAUCAUAAGUUGAUAGCAAGCGGUGAGGAAUGUGUUUUAUAUUCAUAAGUUAUUAGCAAGUGGUGAUAAAAUUGAUUUAUGCAAUCUUCGGUUUAGUCCACUUGUCAUUGGUAAUUACUAAGCAUUCUUUCGAUAUGAGUUAUCUCACAAGACGACUCAGGAUGAAACGAACUCGAAAAUCAAUGAUUCUCAUAUUGUUAGUCAUAUACUCAAAAUCAAUGAUUCUCAUAUUAGUCAUUUACUGAAAGUCACGCUAAAGUUCCUGUUAGCCUUUGCUCUAUACAUCAGUGAAACUUUCUUUUUGAGCUCUUAGCUAAAUGUGCGUGUGCUAGCGAUAGUGUGCGUGUGUUUGUAUCUAUGUGUGUCUUGAUGAGCGCUAGAUUUAAUUGUAUUUAGAUGCUGUUUGUGUAUUUCAUGUAUGUGUGCUCACGCAUGCGUAUGUACCUCUGUCUAUGUUUUUCUAUGUGUGUGUUGCUGAACUGUGAAUUAAAUGAUUGCGUUUAAUCUCAUCCGCGCAGAUCAUGGCCAUGAACAGAUUUGUGCAUAGGCUGAUGCGAAAGAAGGUGCUUUCCGACAGCGACAUCGAGGAGUCCAACCUAGACAGAUGCCUGACAACCGUUGACCUGGUUGGCCUAGGUAAUGUAAAAACAAAUGUAAAUAGGGCACACCUGAUACAGUGCAGCACUCGGGGGGGGGGGGGAUUGAAUACGUCCCUAAUUUUUCCUGUAUCUUAAUCACAUGUCGUGCUUUGAAUUGCCUGGCAACCGUUGACCUGGUUGGCCUAGGUAAUGUAAAAACAAAUGUAAAUAGGUCACCCCUAGUACAGUGCAGCUCUCGGGGGGGGGGGAUUGAAUACGUCACUAAUUUUUCCUGUAUCUUAAUCACAUGUCGUGCUUUGAAAUGAGAACACCCACCACAGUGAGUGGGCGUUUAUGGCAUGUGAUCGCUGGGGCAGAGGUCAAGUUGUUGGAUCACAGCUGGUGUCUCUGCGUGGCUGCAUCUCUGCAUCUUUGUGUUUCCGCCUCUGUGUCUCUGAGUCUCUGCAUGUCCGUGUCUCUGCGUCUGUUUCUUCGCCGCAUCUCUGUGUCAAUGCAUCUGUAUCUCUGCGUCUGUUUCUCCGCUUCAUCUCUGUGUCACUGCAUCUGUAUCUCUGCGUCUGUUUAUCUGCAUCUUUGCUUCUGUGUCUCUGCGUCGCUGCAUCUCUGUGUCACUGCAUAUGUGUCUCUGCAUCUGUGUCUCUGCAUCUGUGUCUCUGCAUCUGUGUGUUUCUGCAUCUGUCUAUCUGCGCCUGUGUCUCAGCAUCUGUGUCUCAGCAUCUCGUUGUUUCAGCAUCUAUGUGUCUCAGUGUAGUAAUUACAACGAGGUGGGCCCAGUAUGCAAACUAUCCAAGAGAGGAGCAAAAUCAAUGUUUUUGAGGACACCCAUAUUAUUAGGAUCUACAACUAAAGCAUGCAAAAAGACAAAGUUCCAAAAGAAAAAAGUUGCUUUACAAAGUGAAAAGACACAAUAUCAUUCACAUGAUUUUCCCUGUUUUAUAAUUUGUAAACACGCUGGUUAAUGCAUUUCUUAGAACAUUGAAAUAAUGCAUGAAGAAAUAUUUUAGCAAAUUGAAAUAUAUUAAGCAUUUUAAAAUGUUUCAGCACAUUGAAAUAUUUAGCAUUUUAAAAUGUUUCAGCACAUUGAAAUAUUUAGCAUUUUUGACAUAUUUUAACACCCUAAAAUAUUUAGCAUUUUGACAUAUUUUAUCGCACUGAAAUAUUUUAGCACCUUGAAAUAUUUUGAAAUAUUUUAAGCAUGUUGAAAUACAUUAGCCCAUUGAAAUAUUUCAGCACAGUAAAAUAUUUUAACCUGUAGAAGGUUAAAAAAAAUUACAACUAAAAUAACUAACUAGAUACAAGUCCCUAUAGUGGCAUUUAUAAUGACCACUGUGAAAUCUGCUUAACACAAAUUUUGAGUUUAAUAUGGUUGCUGGGCAACGAUUUUAUUGAGGGCACAGUUUGGAAAUUAAUUAUUGUUUUUUGGCAGGCUGCGUAAUAAUUUUCUAGGAAUCUUAAGUUCUGGAUAAUAAAUUGAAAAUAAGUUCAAACUCGAGCUGUGGAAUAAAUAUUAUUAAAGUUUAAUGUUAUUAUCAUUAUAUUUUGAAAAUUUGAAGCGGCGAUUCUUAAUUUUUAUAAAGGUUUUCCCAUAUAAUAACUGAACAAUGUGUAUAUUUUAUGAAAACGUUAUAUGGCAAGUCUAAGGUUGUGCCAACCCUUGGUUUAAGUUCAGUGGUAGGUCGUGCCAACCCUUGGUUUAAUACCAGUGCUAGGUCAAGCCAACCCCUGGUUCAAUACCAGUGAUAGGUCGUGCCAACCCUUGGUUCAAUACCAGUGUUAGGUCAUGCCCACCCUUGGUUCAUUACCGGUGCUAGGUCAAGCCCACCCUUGUUUCAUUACGGUGCUUUCAAUGGUGAUGACAGCUGUAGGAUUCUCAUAUUUAGGUGCAAAGCCUUAACUGGGGAACCAUAAUAAAUCACAAGGAGGCUAUUAUUAUUAUUAUUAUUAUUAUUAUUAUUAUUAUUAUUAUUAUUAUUAUUAUUAUUAAAUACCAGAAAAGUUGGCAAGACAUUCUGAGUGUUUUUCAGGUUUGACCAGACCAAAUGUUGGCUUUGAGACUUUGACAUUAUUUUAUUUUUGAGUCUAAAAUAUCUUUCACUUUGACUAAAUAGUUUUAAGAAAAAGGGAAUGUUAAUUUAAUGUUACAUGAAAUAACAAAGGAUCUGAAUUCAGCUCACUUUAAAAAAAAAAAUGUUAACAAAAUAUUUGAUUGAUUUUUCCAAUUUAUUCUACAGGUAUCGGCAGCACCCUAGGAGCUGGGCUCUAUGUUGUGGCUGGCCAGGUGGCUCUUGAAAAUGCAGGUCCAGCUGUAACGAUUUCUUUUCUGGUUGCAGCUGUUGCCUCAGCUUUAGCAGGUUUGACUGGUUAUUGAUGACUUGAGUGUGGGGUGGGGUGUGGGGGGUGUGUGUGCUUUAAAUCGUGUAUUGUGUCAGGGAUGUGUGUGCUUUAAAUCGUGUAUUGUUUCAGGGAUGUGUGUGCUUUAAAUCGUGUAUUGGGUCAGGGAUGUGUGUGUGGGGGGGGGGGGGGGGGGGGGGGGGGGGGUUAGAGCACAUUGAAAUAAAGGAUAGUUAUACAUGGCUGUCUUUAAUUGCACUGGAGCUGCCCCAGAUUUAGAAGGGGGGAUACUUUAAUUAAGAAUGUUGCAAUAUGGGGGGUUGGCCUAGUGAAUAGUUGGUCUCUUGGGACAGCUGCUUAGUGUGUGACAUGCUUAAAGACUGCAUUGUAUGUGCACAAUGUGGUGGUCAUCAGAUAGUUUUUAACCUAACUUUCUAUUUGGAUAUAAUUAAAGAUUAGUUAUUUAUACCUUUUAAAUGAUAUUAAAGUUACUUUUAAAUGGUAUAAAAUUUAGGAAUGAAUUCACUGAUUUCUAAAUAAUAUUAACUGUAUCCAACAGUAGGCCUACUUGAUGAAAAUAAUUAUUCAUAAAUUCACCAAAAAAAUAGCUAUUUCACUCAUUUAAAUCACCAUAGAAAGAGAUAUUGUCCGGUAAAAUGCUUAGUUAAAAGAAAUAGAUUGUUUUAAUUUUUAAUAAAGUCAUUAACUUUGAUGACGUGGGAACUAAAAAGUAAUUGAAGCUGCAGUGAUUGGGAACCAUUUAAGUUAAACUGCUAUGGUGAUAACUUAUGUGUAGGCCUACACAUUAAUGAAAAUUACAAUGUGACAGAAAUGAGAAUGAUUUUUUUUUAAAGAAAUUUCUUCAUUUGAUAAUAAGUUUAUUUUCUGUAAUAUUUCAAAAGCCUCUUAAAUUAUUUAAAACAUCCAGGCUAUUUUUUUCCCUUUCAAGUUUAAAAUGUCAUUAAAACCCCAACUGAAAUUAAUUUAUACAUUUUUUAAAAAAAAUUUAAUCUGUCUAAAUAAGAUUUAUGAAUUUAAAAAAGUUAAAUAACCAAAUCAGGUUUUUGUAAACUUAAGAUAAUUACUGAAUUUUUUUAUUCAUUAUAUUACUUAAUUUUAUUAGCAUAAUUUCUCAGUAUUGUGUAAAUUUUACCGUGUCACUUCUAAAAAAAUAUGGGGCAAGUGAGUGACAUUAGGUGGUGAUGUGUCUGAAGUAGUAAAUAGCUUCUGAAAUGCUUGCUAUUGUCUGUACUAAUAUUUUAUCCAUUACUUUGUACCCAGGCAUGUGCUAUGCAGAGUUUGCUGCCCGCAUACCCCGAGCAGGAUCUGCCUAUGUUUACAGCUAUGUGACAAUUGGAGAAUUCAUGGCUUUUGUGAUUGGUUGGAAUCUGGUUCUUGAGUACGUCAUUGGUGAGUUUUUUUAGAUAAUUAAAAUGAUGACAUUAUUUCAUAAAAGUGAUAAUAAGCAUUAUAUUAUCUCCUUAAAGUAAAGUGAACGUUAUUUCAAGUUUAUGCUUAAAGAAAAUAAACUUAAUGAAGAGUGGAGGAGCUUUUGAGUAAUAAAUAUUGAAAAUUGAUUCUAAUUCUUAUUCAGGAGGUGUUGUGUAUGAACUCUAAAGUUUUAGAUACAGUGAUUGUGACACAUUGAACAAAUCCCUAUAAAUUAAUACCCUUUUUUAUUGUUACCUGUCAUAGCAGGUUACAAAAUUUUUUACCUAGCUACCCACAUACUGUCCUUUAUAUAAAAUGAUGUAUUGAAAAAAGUCACUAUCCAGUUAUCCAGUACAUUGGACUGCUAUUUUAGUUUAGCUUAUUUGACAGACUCUAGAUUAUCAGUGCAUGAGGCCAGACAAAGUUUCCAAAGAUUUAAUCUUAUUUAAAUUGACACAGUGAGAUCUCACUCUCAGAUUACAAGUAACAAUCAUGUUUAAUGCAUGGUGGAAAAAAAAAGUUAUCUCCUGAGUUAAAGAUGUGCCGCUGAUGUGAUGUAAUGUGCCAAAGGUGAACCGAGGCUCUUAAUUUCCCAUUGCUGAUAAGGGAGGUCACAUGUAAAUUGAUUUUACAUGUGCUAACUAUUUCUAUACUCUAUAUUCAAUUAGAUUUUACCAUGCAUUUGAUCUUGAUAAUCAAGUUGCUGAUGAGAUUUAUGAAAUGAGUAAUACUAUUUAAAACACCUAACAAUGUCUGUUGUGCAUGCCUGGUCUAACCCAUUCAAACAUUAGAGGGCAUAAGAAUAUUAUUUGCACCUUCUUAAGAUUACUGAAUGCCUUCUCUCCAUUGUGCAGAACAGUGGUUUUCAACCUUCCUAAUGCCACAACCCUUUAAUAUAGUUCCUUAUGUUGUGGUUACCCCCAACUGUACAAUUAUUUUCAUUGCUACUUCAUUAAUAUGUGUUUUCUGAUGAUCUUAGGUGACCACUGUUGAGAAUCGCUGGUGUAGAAUCUUAAUGUUUUUUUUUAAGUAAAAAAACAUGGCUCAAAUCAAAGCAGCACAACAGAUCUUAGUGACUUAUUUUAAACAGAUUCCAUACUUUAGUUUAGCACACCUACAUUGUAUAGACAUGUCUAGCCUGUUGUGACAUUUGAUCAGCAAAAUAAAGAAAAGGCUUAGAACUUUUUUCUGUAUCUAAAUGUUAAAUUUGUUCUUUUUUUUAAGAGCAGCAUCCUUGAUAAAACAUGACAUCAGAAUUAUUUUUGGUCAAAGUUAAAAAAAGGAAAAAAAAAUUGUGAUGAAAAAAUUAUUUUAACCUUAAUAGAUAUAUAGCUUUUCAAGUAAUACUUUUGACCUUAUUUUAAACUUAAUUUACUUGAACUUACUUUAGUCGCACAUGCUAAUGAUUUGUAUAUUUUAAUCUAUAAUCUCCUCAUAUACUCACUUAUCUAUACUUAUAUGGAAUAGUUUCUUUCUUUUCUUGAGCAUAAAUAUACAUACACACACAUUAUAUAUAUAAAUAUGAUAUUCUGUGAAAAAUAUCUUAAAAGUAGAUAACAGUUUUCUAACAAGAUGCUAUAAGAUAAAAUUAAUGUAUUUCCUUUUUCCUUUAGGCACUGCCAGUGUGGCCAGGGGCUGGAGUGCUUACUUUGACUCACUCAUAGACAAGAAAAUUUCAAAAUUCUUCAAUAGCACAAUGCCAAUGCACAUUGACCAGUUAUCAGAAUACCCAGAUUUCUUUGCCUUUGGAAUCACAUUACUUUUAACCGGUAAUAGAUUUUUGGCCUUGAAGUUCAUGACGUUAAGACUUCUUGCCUUAUUUGUCUAACAUAAUUUUUAUUUUAUGUUUCAAUAUAAAUUUUUUUUAAAAGUUAUAUGUAUGUUUAGAUAUAGCUUGUAAUUCCAUAGUUUUAAAUAGAGAGUUGUAACAUUUGAUGUGGAUCCCAAGUUUAAAUCGAUAAAGAAUUGCAUGUUUCAAUAUCCUAAAUAUUAUGCCAUUCAAAAUUAAGGCCAAGAAAAUAAUUUUUCUGACAUAAUAAUUAUUAUAAGUUUUAGUGAAAUAGAAUUUAAUUACACAAAGAAUAAAAAAAAUCUCAAUGAACUGAGAUAUAUUAUUUUUAAAAUAAAAUUAGUUUAAAAUAACAUAAUAGCCUAUAGAAUUCAGAUUGAUGUUCUAUUAAUAUAACUUUAAAAAAAAAAUGUAUUUAUUGCACAGAUUACAAAUCUAUUAAAGGUCAAAAUAAAAUAUUUUAAACAUAACUUUUCAUCCUAAAAAUUUUUAUUGUGCUUUUUUGUGUCCAGUUCUGCUAGCGUUUGGAGUAAAAGAGUCUGCCAGAUUUAACAACAUUUUCACUGUCAUAAACCUCCUGGUUGUUUUAUAUGUUACAAUUUGCGGACUCUUCAAGUUAGAUUGGCAUAACUGGAACCUCUCCCAAGAAGAGGUUUGUUACAAAGUCAUAAUUUUAUUAUAUGAAUUCUAGAAUUUAGAAAAUAUAUAAAAAUAUCAAUGGUUUUAUUCGAGUUUUCAUACCUCUCUUUUUAUAUGAAUUUUUAAAAUGAAAAGCUUAAAUUGGCCUUUAGUAACUUUAAAAAAGCAAAAUCUUUGAUUAUAUAUUCAGAACCUUUCAUAAUAUAGCUUUAUAAUGUUUUGACUCUUUGGCAAUUGCUUACAAGGUACCCAAGUCGGCUGGGUCUGGAGGAUUCAUGCCCUUUGGAUUCUCAGGAAUGAUGGCGGGGGCUGCAACAUGCUUCUAUGCUUUUGUUGGUUUUGAUUGUGUUGCUACAACAGGUAUCAUAACCAUUGAAAACAAAAUAAUUAAAAACUUUGAUUAAACAAAGCAUUCAUUAUGAAAUCUUUUAAAAUGCAACCUUAAAAAGGAACAACAUGCUAAAGAAACAGGUUAAUGCAUUUUAUUUAAUUAGGUUGAAAGUAAUUUAAGUAAUGCAUCUUUCCUAAUUAAAUCAUCAAAAUGAAAGUCUUUUGUAGUAAUACUUAACUCUCAAAUAUUCUUGAUUUUCUGACAUUUUCUCUCCUUCAUUAGGUAUUUUUACAACCUUGCUGGUUGCUCAAUGAAGAAAAUAGCACUAAUAACAUGUUAUAUGUCAUUUGAUUCAGAAUUUAAUGAUCUAUUAUUUAAUACCCAAUUAUUACAUCACAGUUAAUCAUGGUUUUGAUUUAUGGCCAAAAGGUUAGGUUUUUAGGUGUGCAAAACCUUUAAAAAAAUUUCAACAUACCACAAACAGGCAGAAGCAAAAACAAUAAGUAUUGAGACCGAAGUUAAAAUAUUUAUUAUAUCCAUCAAUGGUAUCCAGUAUUACAGAACAUAUAAAACUUUCAAGCUCUUUACAAACAGUUGUAUUAAUUAUGUCACUCUUAAAAAUGAAUUGAUAACUUUAAAAAAAAAACAUUGAAAUUUUUCUUUAAAAAAAAAAUUAAAGAAAACAAGGCAAGUGUUUCAUGACACAUAGACUACUAUUAUUAGAAAUAUUAUUAUUAGAAAUAAUAUUUUUAGAAAUACUAUUAUUAUUAAUAUAUGAUAUAAGUUGAGAUAAAUAAUCUUAACUUAUUUAAAGAAAAUAUAUAUACCACAUUGGAAAUAAAUUUAUAUGGGUUAUGAAAUAUGACAUUUUCUGUUAUCCAGAAGACUCAUAUAUUUAACAGAGGGAACACAAUAUGUUUAACAUCUUGUCUCUGUUGAAUAAAAUUAAUAAAUAUUUGCACAUUAUUAAUUUAAUUUAAGUAACCAUUGAAGUUUUAACAGCAUGCUGAGCUAUUUUCAUUCAUAUUGCUGCAGCAAAAACAUGUGCUUUAUCAACAAAGUUUGCCACCGCUUGAUUAAUUCUACUGAAUUAAAAACACUUAAGCUCUAAGAUCUUUUUAAUUAUUCAAAACGAACAUUUUGUUUUUUUAAGAUUAAAAGAAAUAUGACUUUUCCGUAACACUAGAAAAUGAAUUAAAAUGAAAGAAUAAGGCCCUUGGUCACUUAUAAUUUUCUUGUACUAACCACCUUGCUGUUCACAUCAUUUGUAUUUAUUCUAAAUCUGAUACUUUUUAUCAACUAAUUUUAUCAAAAUCCAAACAACUAGACACAUUGGUUACACUCAGACUAACUUGCAAUAAGAAACAGAACCAUUUAUACUGUUCAAUUAGAUAUGGCAUAUGCAAAAAUCAAUAAUUCAUUUACCGUUAUGUUAUUCUUUACUGGUAUUGUGUUACAUUUAUGAAAUGGGUAUGUCCUAUCAUUUCCUUUUUCUCUUGAUAAUUCAAUAUUGUUGUUCCAUGGACAAUAUUUGCAUGUAUAUCCUUUGGACCUGGUCCAGGUGAAAUUGAACUGUACCUGCUUGUAAGCAGAUGCCUCAGUUUUAUUUUUAGAAACUUACCGUAUGGGCCUGUAAAUUAGCCUAAAUUUUAAAAAUUUAUGAGUUCCAUAAUCCAAUGAAUAAACUCCUUUUAUCCUGUAACAGUUUACUCAGUUGGGGCUUGUAGAUGAGAAGUCCAAUGAAUGUUGGACAUUUUUUUCAUCAACUGGAAUGUCCAGUUGUAAAAACAAGUUGGCUUAGUUGCCAUAACAUUACAGCUGCAAUUGUUGAUGUAAAUUAAAGUUGAAAAGUGAUACAGGUGAAAGUACUCCUUAUCUUGUCUUGUUUUGGACAGGGUUCAGUCGGUAACUCAGGCCUUAUGACAGGAACAGCAUUGCCGUGAUGACUGGGUUGCCCAAUGCCCUAGUCACGACUCUGAUACUGUGAAAUGAUAAUAAAAAAUAAGCAUUACAUAUAUGCUUAGAUCUUUUUUAUUUGAAAAAAAACUAAACAUUGUUUUUUUCUACUAUUUCCACAAAAUUUGAGUGCUAUUUAACCUGUUGUAGGUAUUUGGAUAUGAAAAGUUGAAUGAAAAAAUAAAUGAACUCAGCUCUAAAAUAGCCCUUGUUAAAUUGAGUAAUAAUAUGUUUUCAUUUUUCAUAAGUACUUUUGGUUAAAGCAUAAUGAUUUUUUUAGUGUAUAAAAAACGGCCAUAUUUUUUGGACCACUUUUCAAAACAUAUUUAAUUUACUAAAAGGCACAUAGCUUUAUAGCAGAACGAACAAAUUAUAUGAAACUUUUUAGAAGUGUUAAACAUUAUAUUAUCAACAUCUUUCUAGCUUUAAUUUAUUAUUAUAAGUAUAGUAUUUGAAAAAUAAAUUUCAGUAUAAUUAAAACAUUAAAAAAAGUAGUUUUUUUUAAAUAAUUUUUUUUAUUACAUAAAUCUCCUGGUUUGAAGUAUUGAAUAAUCAAAGUGUAAAAUAAUGUAAUAUAGGUGAGAAAAAUUCAAGUUAUAAUCCACCAGUCACUCAUGACCGAAAAGUCAUUAAAACAUACUUUGAGAGUCCUUGAGUCUAAGUUACCAUGUAAAAAUGAAGCUCAUUAGUUGAAAUAUCAACAUAAAAUUUUUAAAAUUUAUUUCAAACUAUUUGCUACAUGUGUUAACAAUUUUAAAAAUAUUCUUCACCAGGAGAGGAAACCAAAAACCCACAGCGAGCAAUACCCAUAGGAAUAAUCGUUUCCCUCCUCGUCAUUUUCUUGUCAUACUUCAGUGUGUCCGCAAUAAUCACACUUAUGUGUCCUUAUUUCUUACUGGACAGAGAUGCUGCUCUACCGGCAGUAUUUGAGCGUGUAGGUUGGGGAGUAGCCCGCUACAUUAUAACUGCUGGUGCUGUUUGUGGUCUGUCAACAAGGUAAAAUUGGUUUGAUACUUUUUUGUUGUGUACAACAGGGGCGAAUAACCAUUUUAUUGCCAUGAACUUCUUCUCUUGCCACAGUUUUGGAAAUUAAAAACUUUUCUCAGUUGUAUGUGUAGGGCCCUUUAAGCUUAAAAUAGCAUAUAGCACUUUGAUCUAGAAGGAAUUUUUUUUUUUUUUUGUAAAGGCAAUAAUUUAUAAGUUGUAAAUGAGCAGUUUAAAAACUUUUAGUCUCACUUAAUCCAAAAUUCUUCAACACACCUUUUAAGAUCAAUAAAAUAAAUAAAACAAAAGAAAGCAACAACAACAAAAAACCAACAACCAACAACCAAAAAAACCAACCAAAACACUGAACAUACUUUAAUAAGCCUGUACAUGGGAACAUACAACUUUUUAAUAUCAAUAUCCCUUCAGUAUUUUAUUGCUGAGAAUUAAUUCUGUCAAACUUCUGCAGCAAUGUGUUGGUGAAUAUAGCAUAACAAGCUGCCAAGUAACACCAAGGCUCACAUUUAAAAAUUUUUAAAAAAUUUUUUAUAAGGUAAACAUCAUAAACUGUCUUACCAUCAAUAUGGUGUCUGUGUCAGCAAGUGCCUGCUUGGCCAGGUAUCGUUCCCUCUUUAUCUUAAGUUCUAGAGUCUCAGGUACAUCUGGCACCAGUAUGUCUAUUAACUUGCAUAUACCAAAUACAACAUGCUGAAAGGAAUGAAGAGCAACAGGUAAGUCAUUAAACCUUUGUUUAAUACUUAGUUAAAUUUCCAAGAAAUAUAUACAGGGUAGAGGAAAGUUAAAUUUCUAAGAAAUAUAUACAGGGUAGUGGAAAACCAAAAGACAGACCAUACAAAAAAGUGGAUGUUUUGUAGAAAAAAAGUCCUUCUUUGAGUUUUCCUCUACCCUGUAUAUGUUUCUUAUUGUUUCAACCUGAAACAUGUUUUCCCCAUUUUUCUCUUAUAAAUUUCCAAGAAUUGACAAGUUUGAAUGUAUUGAAGAUUUCUAAUGUGGUAAGAAGGACCACUUACAGGGGAAGAUGGAAUUAUUGUAUUCUUAUGGUAACAAGGGAGAGAGACUGCAAUCAUAUUGUAUUCUCUGAUGGCUGCAUUAUGGUGUCAGAUGACCAGACAGAAUUACCAAUCACACAACCGGAACUUUUAACAAUUUUUAAUGUUUCUGCUUCUAAUUGAAAAACUCAAACAAAAUUAAUAUUCACUAAUAGACAAUUGAUAUUGGUUUAAAUUAUUCUUUUAUUUGACCACUCACAUUUGUUUAAAAUAUCUUGUUAUGGAUAAUGAACUCGUUUACCUCAAAUACAAUGACAAAAGCAAGCCGGACUGCUAAUAACUUCCAGUAGAACAUAGUAUGAUUUCCAUCUGGUUCUCGGAAAUCUCUGUAUCUAUAAAAAUAAUUUUGGGUGGUUUUGUUAUUUCUUAUAUGGUAAAAUUAAUAUUUAAAAAUGAAGUCCAAUUUAUACUUUUUUUUAAAUUUUUUUUUAGAAAAGACAAGCUAUCUAAAUAUUAUUUGUGCUUUCAAAUAUUUUGCAAAUGAAAAUUCCUUUUUAACAACUUGAUGACUUACACCAAUUUGGCUGAUUUAUCUCCCUUCGAGAAAAAAAAAAAAAAAUGCUAAGUUUUGUUUAUAAGAUGCAGUUACCUGCAUGUCUCCUUUAAUGUGUUAUUUGGUGACAAUGCCAAUGUAAAGUUUGUAUAACCUUCCAGACUCCAGUUAUAUUGGUACUUGUACAUCAGACGAGGUAAAAAUUCUGAGGUGAAGGCUAUUAAAAAGGCCUGGAACACAAAUUUAUUUUUGAAAACUAUAUAAGUGAUGACUUGUAGUGUCAGUUCAUUAACAUUAAAAAAAUAAUUUGCCCACCUGAGUAUAUUUUUUGUCAGUUGAGGUGUGCAAAAUAUUACGAGGUAUCAAUUUGUUUAAUUACAUCAAAGUUUUAUUCCCCACUUUUGACUUGAAACUGGUCCUGUCUUUGAUUUUUAAAUAUCUGUCACAAUGUUGAAAUAUACUUUGCAAGAAAUUUACGUUUAGGUAGAUGAACGGUUAAAUUAAUACUCCAUACAUAAUAGUGUUGGAUAAUUUGCACAUAAUAUGAUUUAAAUAUGUGCAGCCACAAAUGACCACCAAAAUGUUGGUGUUAAGUAGUAUUUAACUAAUGCUAUAAUACUAUUUACAACUCAAAAAUACACAGGAUAAUAUAAGUCAUGUAGUAUUCAAUUCCUUACCAGACUACCAUAUUUGUUUCAAAUUGAUCAAUACGUUUUAAGCUCUUUUAUCAUAUGUAGCUAUUUAAAAAUAUAGAUUGGACGAAAAAAGUGUUUGCGAAAUAAUUUAAACUUGUUGCUACUGUAGCCGAAUCGGGCUUUCAAAAUCAAAAUUGUUUUGAUUAAGUUUAAAUGCACCCAUUACUUACAUUACUAAUAACUGCCAACUGGGCCAAAGUUUCAAGGAUGGUGAACCAAACCCCAAUGUCCUGAGCUCUCUCUGCAACAGGCCGUCUGGUUUCACACACAAACUUGUGAGCGUCCAGCCUUAUCUCCACCCAGUUAUUCAGCAGUGCAAAGAGUGGCGCCAAAGGGAAAGCAGCGACAAAUAUUGUGAUGAAACCAAAUUGUAGAACUUGAAAUUAAAAAAAUUGCAAGAUUUAAUAUUAGUUAACUUAAAUAUUUUAGCUAAAAUUAAUGUUCUGCAAUAUUUUUGUAUAUAAGAUGAACUUAGUGAAUUGUUACAAAUAUGUAAUGAUAACUAUAAUACUAGGUUGUCCUUUUACAAUGUUUAGUUCAUGCGACAUCACACCAAACCCACCACAAAAAAAAAAAAAAAAAAAAAAAAAAAAAAAAAAAAAAAAUCAAACAAGAAAAACAUAAAAUUAUGGUUUGAAUAAAAUUAGUUUUCAAGCACUACAGAAAUUCAAAGAACAGUGAUUAUUACCAAAAAAUUGUCAUGGAAGUGAUUUUAAAUGGUCAUAGGCUCUUCAUAAAAUUCCUCAUUUAGUUAAAAUUCUUCCAGUCUUUUAGGUGCCAUGUUUCCUUUACCAAGAAUCUUGUAUGCCAUGGCCGGUGAUGGUGUUAUUUUCAAAAUUAUGGGUAAAGUUUCUCCUAGAUUUAAAACCCCUGUCAUUGGAACAGCCAUAUCAGGAUUAUUUGCAGGUGAGUCUUUCUUAACUUAUUUAAUGAGUUAACUUUAUUUUAAUAUUAAAUGUAAGCAAGAAAUCAUUAUAAUAAAAUUCAGCCCACCACUGACAAGCAAAGAUUUGUCACUGAAUUGGCUUCCAACAAAAUUAUUUUAUGAUUACUUUCUAAGUAGUCUGCCCAUUGUAUUUUUUUCACAGACACAUUAAAAUGUACUCAACGCCAUUGUACUUCACAUAACUUUGAAACCUAUGAAUAGUGAACCUUGAAAAUGAGGAAACUCACCUAAAAAUAAAAAAAACCCUGAUACUCCUUAAAUAGCGCAAAUCCUGUAAUAGGUCACUGCGCAAGGGUUUCUUGCACAAGAGGAAACAGUGGAGUGGAGGGUUGGGACCUCCCUGGGCAGCACAUUUUUCUAUGUAUUGAGGGGUGGCAUUUUCUGCCACUUGCAGAGCUUUUUUUUUAUUGGGUGGUGAGGGCUGUGGUGGGGGACAAAAAUCUUUGCCUGAAAUUGGCAGCACUAACUCUAGCUUUGCUACAGUUUUUCACUCUGUCAUCAGAAGAUAUGCUACAAGAUUUAUGGUUGUGAAUGAAUUGUAGGAAUUAUGCAUGCAUUAUUACAAGAAAUAGUGAAAUCAAGAUGAUCAAAAUGGCCACAGUGCACAAAUCUUGCUUGGUUUCAUAAUUUUUUUUGCGGCUAGUAGACAUAGAAACAUGUAACCUAUGUGUAUGCAUUUGCUGUGUGUUUUUUCAUUCUUCUUAUAUUUUAAUAUGCAUUCUUGUUAUGUUUUAAUGUGCAUUCAUCUUCUUCGUUCAAUGUUAUUAUGCAUUAUAAUUAUUCUUGCCAAACAGGCUACAAGCAGCAAACUUUUGGUUUGGUCUCAAGAGUUUGUGCCAUGCACAGGUUUCACUGCAUUAUAAAAGACUUUUAACGUUUUGCCACUGUAGUACUUCAUCUUGGCCAAAUUUAUUUGUUUGUUAAUUUGUUUGUAUACAAAUCACCGUUGAAAAGUUUAAUGGGCUUUUUAUAAAAUCUACAAGGUAGCUGACAAAAUACUCGGCUCAUUUGUUAAGACCCCUACCAAUAUUUCAGGCAUCAUGGUCUAGGGUUAUUUAUUACUGUGUGUCAUUCUCAUCCAACAAGGAUCACACACAUGCUUGUCAAAACAAUUUUAAUAACUCUUUGUGAAAUUCAGUUAUUCUUUAAUGGUCAUAAUUGCAAGAGAUGAAGAGACUUUAUACACUUUGUACCUACAAGCAAUUGGGCAAUAUGAUUACCUCCUGGUGACUGUAAAACAAGUACAAACUGGAAUGCUAUGGCCACGCAACAAGAAAACAAUGGCUCGCAAAAGAAAUCAUGCAGGGCACAACGAGAGGAGGGAGAAGAUGAGGAAGACAGGGAAAAAGAUGGAAAGAUAACAUCAAAGAGUGAUGGGAAAAAAACUAGGCAAUGCUGUGCAAAGUGCAGAAAACAGAGAAGAAUGGAAGAGGAUAUUUUUCAUGUCAUCUGUGGCGCCCCAAUGGUCCAAGUACUUAAGGACAUGAUGAUGAUGAUAAUGAUGACCUGUAAAGACACAAUAAUAAUAAUCCCUUGCCAACUCUACCACAUUUCCUGCAUCGCUUGUCCACUGACUGCUAAAAUCAACACUGAAGCAAUAACAACAAAGAAUUCAUCUCUCAUAACCAAAAAGUCAAUACAAACAACUUAGCAACCACUGCAAAAUUAAUCUCAAAACCAAAUGCACUCACUAACACAUCAUUAACAACUAACAAAAAUGAUUCUCAUACUCUUAACAACAACAAAAUCUCAGUUCUAAAAGGUAGUUUAAUUUAGGGAAGAUUAAACCUUUUAGUAUUAUUCAUCUAUUAUAAAAAUGUCUUGCUUAGACAGUGCACCUCACCAAGGCAUCUGAUUUUUUUUCAAUAAUUUCAUGGUGUGUUGUAAAAUUUUAGUAAUUAGCUACAGAGUGUUGCGGGGUAAAAAAAUUUGAACACCUCUGGCUUAACUGAUUGUUUAGUUACAAUUGUUUACUCUAUUUAUAUUUAGGUUUAAUGGCUAUGCUGUUUAACCUGAAAGAAUUAGUGGACAUGAUGUCUAUUGGAACAUUAUUGGCAUACACACUUGUAGGGAUAUCUGUUUUGAUUUUGAGGUAUAUAUAAUUUGAUUUAUACAUUUUCCCUUUACAUUAUUAUACUAAAAAUAGGUAGAAAAUAUCCACUCCUUAAAAUAGGUUUAAAGUAAAAAUGUAAAAGGUUGGAUUAAAUAAAUUAUUUAUGUCCUUCGCUGGAGGAAUUAAUUUAUAAUAUUUAAAUACUUAAUUGCUACUUUUUAAAACAUAAAUUGAAUAUUAAAAAGGUCUAUCAUUAAUGAAUCUGAAGAAGAAAGGAAAAUAAAUUAUGGACUGUGCAAUUCUUUAAAAUGAAACUAAAAACAUUUUUGUUCUUUGAUUUGAAAUGAUAUGUAGGUAUGAAGCAGAUAUAAACCUCCUUGGAAGUAUGAGUGUUACAAAAAUGGAUAAUGCUGAACGUCUUGCCACAAAGAGAGAGACAUUUUCACCUAGAAAAUUGAUAUUUCCAGAUACAAAAAAACCAACACUUCUUACAUCAUUAGUAACAAAAGUUUCAGUAGCAUUUUUAUGUGAGUAAAUGCCUCAUCAUGAAAAUUUGAGAUAUGAUAUUCCAUUCAGGAAUAGAAUAUAGUUAUUAAUGGGUAUUUUUUGUUAGAUGAUAUUCAUUCAAAUAUCAGUAACUUUAUUAUAAUUAAUUUUAUGUGUAGAUUAGUAAAAACAACAUUUGUUUAUUUUCUAUUAUUAUAAGCCAUUGCUUAUUGUAUUUUUUUAAUUAUUUAUGAUUGGAAGUUAUAAAAGUAUCAGUAUCUCAAAAUUCAAUGGUAAAUAUUAAUGAUUUCAAAAUAAUAAUUAUCAUAAUAAACACAUUAACAUCCUUUUUGUUUUGUUAUCUUAACCCUUGAAGUUAAUUAAUGCAUUAAAAUAAAAAUCGUCCACAGGUUUGUUCAUAGCAGCAUUUUCAGCCUUUGUUAUAUUUGCUUCUGAUCAUUUGGAAAAUAAGGAAGCUUGGGCUAUUGUUGUGGCAAUAGUUUUAGGCCUUUUACCUGUGGCUUGUCUUGUUUUUAUACAAUGUCAGCCACAGAGCACAGCCCCUCUUGCAUUUAAGGUAUGAAAUAAAUAUGUUAUUUUAUGAUUGAUCAAAACUUAAAGAAAAAUAAUAUUUAUUUGUACUAAUUUUUUAUAUGUAUUUGUACUAAUUUUGUAUAUGUAUUUGUACUAGUUUUUUUAAAAUGUAUUUGUAUUAAUAUUUAUAAUUCAGCUUUAAUUUGAAAGUUAAACCUUUCUCUCUUAGUUAAAUUAUGUUCAAUAUAUUUGGUUUAUGUGGCUAUAUAUAAAUUCUAGUAUUGAAAAUUCUUGUUAGUUGUUACAGAUUUACAACUAUAAAAAAUUCUGUUUUGAAAUGCAAAGUAUGAUUAAAGAAGAGAGAGAAAAAUGAGAAACACUUGGUCGUAACAAACUGGCAGAUUAAAAAAAAACAAAAAAAUAUGUUCUCUAGUAUUAGUAAAAUGUGCAUCGAUUUUUAGUCGAAUCAGCCAUAAUGGCUACUAGUGACCCAACUUUGAGAGAUAAUUAUAUACUACAUACUUGACCUUCCCCCAAAUUUAUAUAAUGCAAACAAAUUCUCAUUUGGUCAUAUUCCUUCAUGUAGCCUGCACUUUUCCAAUUGACUUCAUCUGUAGGUGCCGUUUGUGCCAUAUUUACCGGCGAUAAGUGCUCUUGUAAAUAUCUACUUAAUGCUCAAGUUGUCUGCCAUGACAUGGGUCAGAUUUGGUGUUUGGAUGUUAAUAGGUAAGAAAGCAUUUCUUGAGAGCUUUUCCUAUAAAUUCCUCUUAAUUAUUUAAAGCAUCCUUAGCAUUAGCCACACUUUUAUUUAUCCUCUUUUUUUUGUUUAUUAGAAGUGAUCUAUUAAAUAGAGUUUUCAGUCCAAGCAAUGGCUUAAAACUUCAUAUAUGCUUAUUCUUCUUAAUAAAAAUGAAAGAUUAUUUUUUUAAAGCCAAAAUCCGUAAUACUUAAAAAAUGUUACAUUCUUACUCUGCCAAUAGCCAAUUAAACAUUGGUUUAUGUUGAUUGUUAAUAAAAUAAAUAAAACCUUUCAAUAAGAAAGAGAGUUAAUGAUCCAAUGAGUUAAUUAACCACAUAUUUUAAGGUAUUUAAUUAAAAAAAGAAGAGAAAAAUAUUUAUAUUCUCUAUAUUAUUAGUUUGCAUUAUGUUAGUACUCUUUGUUGUACAGAAGCAAUUUCUUAGCAUAGCAUUAAAAGAUAACAUUAGGCACGUUAUUGCAUGUAGUGCUCCCAAAAGCUUUCAGUUAUUUCACAUUUGACUUGCUUUGAUUUCUUUUUUUUUAUCUUUAGAGUAGUGUUCCAUCUACUAACAAAUUGCUUGGGCUUGUAAAAAAAACAAAAACAAAACAAAACUACAGCUUUGUAAUAACUCACAUUUACAUUUUUUAGCUUUCAAAAUUUUAAAUCACUGAAUGAGACUAUUAGCAAUUUUGAUGCACAUCAUUCCACUGAUACAUAAAAACAAUAGAUUCUUCUCACAUCAUCUCUACUUUAUUUACCUUUCCGUUAUGCAUUUAGGAAUACUAAAUAGCAAUAAAAAUAGUAUUGAUGAAAUAUUUUGAAUAAAGCCUGGCCUACUUUAAUAUUAACUUUAAUUUCCCGGAUACUUCUCCUAAGCAAUUCCUAUACUUUAAUUCAUUUUUUUAAUCAUUCAUGAGAAAUGCAUGUGUUGUCCCAUAUUUUCACCCAUAACUAAUCAUCAGUUUUAACCCACACCGUUUCUCAUAUGCUACUGUUAUCCACACUGCUCCUUAGAUUAAUUUCUGUUACAGGGUUCUCAAUAUACUUCUUAUAUGGUGUGUGGAAUAACACAGCUGGGAUACAAUUAACAUCCGAGUCUAUAUCAGCUCUGUCGACCGAUGGCAGCGAGGACAACAAUCAUAUAGCCGAGGACCUUAAUUUAAUUGAGAAAGAUUCAAAUGAUAAAGACAGAUAUACAUCUUAACAAUAUAUAAAAAAAUAUAGAAAGUUCUCUUUGAGAUAUAAAUUAAUAUGAAUACACAUUUAAUAAAAAGUAUUUUAAAAUCCAUUUUCUAAAAAAAGCUAUAUUGAUUUGACACAUUUAUAACAAAUGAUUAGUAAUUAGUAUUAUGCUUCUUAACAAAUAUAGAUUUACUAUUUAUUUCUUAAAAUACCCUUUUUUGUUAUAAAGUGCACAUUUCUUUUGUAUGUAGACCAUUAAACUUAAUUGUUAGAUAAUGAAACCAUUUAAUUAAAAAGAACCUUCUCUCAUAAAAAAUUAUAAUUAAAAAAAUAAUCCAUAAAUAAUAAUUAGAUCUAAUAAUAAUUGCCAAAUCAUCUAUUUAGUGCUGUCAUUGUUAACUUAUUUCAUCUCUUUUAUUCUAGAACCUAUGCAUUUUGAUUUAUUUUAGAAAAUAUCUCUAAACAAUUAAGAAAUCAAAUGCACUAAAUAAAGUCUUGAUGUCCUGGCAUGUCUCUAUAUGUGUGAAUAUUGCAUUUCAGAAUUGUAGUGUUAUAGAUCUUGACAGAUGAAAAACAAAAAAACAUUCUGUAUCAUAUUUUAUUGCAUUAAUAUUGAAUGUGUGUGUUUGGAAGGCUUAACCCCACCUUUUGAUCAGAUCUGGGCCAUCUUAACAGCAACAGGGGCCACUAGGCAAGUUAAGGCAUUGAGCCCUCUAUUCCUCCCUAUUCUAUUCAAGUAAUGUUAGAAAAUCCAUUUAGGGCCCACGUUGCCCCAUUCACCUAACAAGUGUUUCUUUCAGGACAAUUUCAGGUAUUUGGAGGUGGGGGCUAGAAGGAAGGCAUGCUAUCUAUCAGCCCAAAAAAUGAGGCAUAAUGACACCCAGGGCCAGCUCUGACUCCAUUGCCCAAACAAAAUAUAUAUUUAUUCUUGUUGUAUAUAUAUAUAUAUAUAUAUAUAUAUAUUCAAUGAAAUUGGUGUGUGGCUUUGGGAGGGGUUGUAGCCCUUCCCCACAAUUAUUUUAUAAAUUAAAUUUGCGAGGAUGCAUUUUGGUUUGUACUUGAAUUUAGUUUUGCAUUAUUCUACACUUAAUUGUUGACCAACAGAAGAGAUGCUAGUGGAAUUUAGAUUCCCUUGACCUUUUUGUUUUUAUACAAAUUUAUUUUAAGUUUUUUUCUAAUUAGCAAUGUUGCUUUACAAUUGUUUAUUUAAAGAAUUAUUUGUUUAAAGUAAUUCAUUAAUAAAUAAUAAACAUUACAAGUCUAACAGAUACUGAAAGAGAAAACAAAUGCUGUUUUAUAGAAAAAGUCUUGGUAUUUAUAUGGUUCUUUGAAACCAGUCAUUUUUAUAUUUGUAUUUAAAUGGCAAAAUUAUGUAAAGAAAACAUAAUAACAUCUUUACAAAAGGCAUCAUAUUAGAUUUAAAUAUUUAUUUAUGUGUGAUUGAUCUGACUGGAAUUGAAGCUGUAUAAAUUCCGCCCAAAAUUCAGUAGAUUGAAAGAUUUAUAUGUAAUUUCAGACUGAAGUCUUUUAAUCUUUUUUUAAAAAUCUUUUGAUAAAAUAAUAAUUAGAGAAUAUAUGACACCUAUUGUAAAACUCCUUCAUUUGCUUCAAACUUUCACCCACCCCAAAUCCCAGUGUUUAUUUUUUAGUUGAUGAUUUAGCCAAAGAAAAAUUGUCUAAAAUUGGUACCAAAAAAAGGAUAGAAUUGAUUUGAAAUUUAAAAAUAAAACAUGCUUCCCACUGCACUUUUAAAGUAAAUUGAAUUGUCAAAAUUAUUUCAAAAUUCAAUUACAAUGUGGGCAGCAUGAUGCCCCUAAAAGCGUGAGGCUCCCUAGAAAAGUAAGGCCUUGCGCAUCUUCCCAGUAUGCCCGUGCUUCAAGACGGCACAGGAUCAGAUCACUGCAUAUGUUCAAUACAUUCAAUCAGUAAAGUGUAUUGAUAUCCUGUAAACUACAGCUGAAUAUUAGAAAAUCAAACUCUUACUUUUCUUAUAUAGUUAAACCAGUAUUUUAGGACAGACUUUAACCUGACAGAGUUUGACAAGAUUUUUUCCCGAGACUUUAGGAUUUAAAUAUCUUGUUUCUGCCACCUCUUUUUUGUUGUCUACUUGUUUGGUUCAUAUAUAACCAUAUUUCAGAUAAUGUAGGUAUAUAAGUUAUGCAAAUGUUAGUAAUAUGUAAUUAUUUGGAAAAUAUUUCUUGUGUAGGUAAGUUAAACUACAACUCGUACAGUUUCUGUGUGUAAAUAUUUAACAUUAUAUAGUUUUCAUUUUGUAUAUAUCAUUUUAGAUUACCUACUUAAACCCAUUUUCUUAGAAAAAAGACAAUUAAUUGAAAGAAGAAUAAGGAGAUAAAUAUGAUUACCAUGAAUGGCUAUUAUUGAUUUAUUAUUUUCUAUGCAUUUGGAAGAAGUUAAAAUUUUUAAAAAAGCUUUUUUAAAAUCAAAAUUAGCAUAAAUGUGUUAUACAUAAUUUUUUAAAUAUACAACAUUGCAUAUUUUUUAUUUAGGUUUCAUCAUAUAUUUUGGAUAUGGAAUUCGUAAUACUAAACAGGAGAUGAAUUAUGUGCAUCCAAGCUCUAUAGAAGAAACUGAUGAAGAAGACAGCAUGCAAAAGGAGACUUCAUACCGUCCUUCCAAUUAUGGAACAACAAUAAAUGCAUGUGAUACUUCUAGAGGAUCUUGAUGACUGGCAUUUUUUACUUAUAGUGAAAUGGGCCUACAUGCUUUAAAAUAAAAAAAUUGGUGCAAUUAGCACAAUCUUUUUUUUAUAAGGGGAGCAAUCUAUUAAUUAAAAUUUAGGGUAGUCAAAACAAUUUUUAUUGUGUCAAUACUUUUUGCAUUCACAAUAAAAUAUUCUUAUAGCUAGUUAAUGCAAUGUUAAUUAAGCAAAGUUUUGGUUUAUAACAAGUAUUAAUCACUUUAUUUUAGGAAGUCAAAUAUUAUUGAGUUGCUAAAAUAGGGCUUAAAUUUGGGCCUCAUUUAAACAUUUUAGUUAUUUUUACAGUUUAAUGCAACAUUUUUCUUCAAGUUGUAAAUCUACUUAAUGAAGCUGUUUCACUAAAUUGAGAUCCUUGAAAUAAGAAAUACAACUAAAGUCAACACGAGUGGAUUAAUUACUAUAAAACUACUUUCCUGAAAAUUAAAUUUAAAAAGAUAUAAUACCAAAAAAAACCAACAAAUUGAGCCUAGAAAAAAAUGCUUUAGAAUCUACGAAAUAACAUCUCAAACACCUAUUUAAUUUGACCUAUAUGAUAAAAGUCUAAAAAUAAAAUUAAACAUAAAUAUAUGAACAUAAGGGUUUUUUGCAUAAUAAUGUAGCUAGUCUUUAAUAUUUGACAGUAGUCUAUAAUGCUUAUAUUCUUUAAAGUUUUCUCCAGUUCAAACUCAUCUCAUCCUUUAUGCUACACUUGAAGUCUUACAAGAUAUUUUAUAUAUUUGUUUAAAACAUUUUCUAUACAGUAGUUGGCAUCAAUAUAUCAUGUAAUAAAGUAUAUCUUUAUUAUUUAAUUUUGAAAUGAAAUAACAUUAAAAAAAAUUUUGUUUGGUGUAUGGAUUUUUUUGCACUAAUUACAAGAAAGGACAUUUACUUACUAAAAUGAAAGCCUUUGUAAAAUAAAGCUUUUGACAUGACCUAUUAAAAGCUAAACUUUGUAAUAUAAUACUUAAUAUGGUUUGUAAAUUUUAAGCUUUCUUAAGUGCAUAUUAACAAAAUGUGAUUUUAGCCUUGAGCAGAGUAACCAAAAAAAUAUUUUUAUUGAUUGAUCAAAAACCUUUUUAUUUAACAAAAUUAUACAUAAAAUGAGGGUAAUUUAUUAAACAUUUUUUUCUUCCAAGGAAAUUAGAUUCUAACUAGUUCCGUAAAAUGAUUUGGAAUUGUGAUAGCUUUAUCCUGGUUGCACUAAUGAAAUCCUUGAUUGCUUUCCAGUCUAUUGACCUGCAAUAGGUUUGUGUUCAUAGCUGUUAUAAAACCAAGUAAUAUACGCUGGACCAAAAUGGUUGUCUACCCUGUCAAAGUGUAGGCAUGUAUAGACCAUGAAAUCCAAUAUUAUAUAUAUAUGUAUAUGAUUCCUAAGAUUAUUUGUGGGUUUGACAAAUUCUUUUAUUUGUUGAACUUGUUUAGCAUUGCUUUGUGUAUUGUUUUCCCAAAUAUUAAACACAUUGUUAAACUUUAUUAUUCUCUUUUAAUAUGCUCAAAUUAACAUUUUUGUGGAAAGAGCAGAAUGGUGCAGGCCACACUGCCAGUAGCCUCUAUAAUUCCAUUAUGGGCAAUCUGAGAUUUCUGAACAUUGUGGUCUCAUUUAGUUCAAAGGGAAACCUUAGAUUAACAUGCAAGUUGCAAGUUUAAAAAAUAAUAUAAAAUUAAACUUUAAAAAAAUAAAAUAUAUCAUGCUUUUUUAAAGCUGUGUUAAUAUAUUUUGUUAUAGGGGAUGGUUUCCAAAAAAGUAUAAAUACAAAUUUUAGCCUUGCAGAAGUUAACAUUCAUCACAUCAUUUUAACUGCAUUUCAUUUAGAAUACACAUUUUUAUGAUUACAUGAAGGUUCCCAUCUGAUGCAAUUUGAAAUUGUGCUAAAAUUUAAUUCAGUACCCUGACAUCAGCUUUUCAUUAAAAUAUUCAUAAUUGAACCUAUCUUUCCUAUUCUCAAGGGAUCUUCUUAUUUUGAAUGUCGAAGAAUCAUUUUACUCAAUGUGCUCACAGGGAUAAGAACAACUUAUGCACAUUUUAAAGCAAUGAAUGAGAAAGUUGUCCCAAUGACCAGUCAAUGUUGGAAAAGAAUGGAUACCUUAAGCUUUGAUAAAUUGAUAUUACUAUCCCUAGCCUGUAAUAAUUGAGGGUUAAGCUAAGUGUUUACUACUUUUGUUUUUAACUUGGGUUAAAUCUACAUUUUCACAAGGUAAUAAAGUUAUCUUGAAUCGAAAGGCACAUCAAAUGCCAUAAUGUAAUUUAGUGGCUUGAGUUAUUCCCCAACUUUAAAAAGCUUGUCUUAAAGGAAGCAAUAGUCAAAUUUUCACUGUUAAAAUAAUGUAAAAUUUCAAUACAACUUAUUUUUUGAUCAAUGAUUUUAGUGCAACAAAAAUAUGAGUUGUUUUUAAAUGCGUGACAGAAUUGUAAGACUUUUCAGGCUGGUAAAAGAUACAAGUCAUUUGAAGACCACUAUUAUAAAUGCUCUUAGAAAUAAAAUCUAAUAAUUUCACAUGCAAAUAGGGCUUUCAUUAAUCAAAUUCCUUGUUGUCCAUUAAUGAAAACACAUUACAUUCAUGUUCAUGAAAUAUUAAAAAUCUAA